AUGACUGAGUCAAAAUAUCAACCUCAAGAGGAGAACAAACGCAAGAUACGAGUCGCAAUCAUUGGGGCAGGUCUUUCUGGACUUGCCGUGGCCAAUGGCUUGCUCAAGGACCCAGCUGGCAGAUUCGACGUUCAGAUCUAUGAACGAGACACAGUUGCAUUCGACUCCGAGCGUGGCGGCUAUCAGCUUCGCCUUAGCCGUAGCGGCCUAAAUGCUCUCAAGACAGUAUCCGGCCCUGACGCUUGGUCCUCGAUCCGCGAGGUCUGGUCGGAAGAUCACGACACAGCGCCUACGGUUGUUGAUCCUGCUACAUUCGAGACUCUGCUACGCCUAGCUGCACACAGGUGGUACCCGAAGAGUCGGGCCGUGCCCAGGCUCGGACUGCGCCGUGCUUUCCUACAGCCCAUGCUCAUCCAAAACCGCGUUCACUUCAAUCACACCUUUGAGCGCUUUGAACUCUUACCGGGUGACCAAGGUGGCGUGCGUCUUCACUUCGAUGGCCAGGACUCACAAGAUGCCGACAUCCUGAUUGCGGCAGACGGUAGUGGCAGCAGGGUUAACCGGCAAGUCGGUAUUAAUAACAAGAUCAAGCUACAGCACCAAUUUCUUGUUCAAUCUCGUGGCACUGUUUCCCAAGCUAUCCGCGAUAAGCUACCUGAUUCCCUUGUCAAACACGGCCCGGUUCUACUCAUGGGUGGCAAGAACGUUUCUGGAUACGUGUCUAUUUAUAAGGAUACGGAUGGUCUUGAUGCCGGCCAAGAAGCGUCAUCCACUUUGUUCUGGGCACUCAUGAUAUCCAGACCUCAUGGGGAAGCUUUGCUAGCGAAAGCAGGCAAUGAUCCCCAGAAGAUUGUCCCUCACCUUGUAGACUACAUACGAAGCGACCUAGGCUACGGUGAACCCUUGGCUUUCAUGGUGCAGUCAGCAACCGACUCAAUUCGGACGGGUCUUUUGACGAGCUCCUUCAGGCCUGAGAAGGAUUGGCGAGAUGGCAUUGACAAGAACUCACGAAUCAUCCUUCUAGGCGAUGCCGUGCAUCCCAUGCCUCCAACUCGAGGCAUGGGUGCAAACCAGGCACUGACCGAUGCCAGUUGUCUUGUCAAUCUUUUUUAUAAAACCGCUUUCAAUAAGUGUUUGCCUGCUGAUAAAGAGCUUGCCGCUUUAGUACGGACAUUUGAGGAAGAGAUGUUUGAGCGGACAUUUAGCAUGGUCAAAUCCAGCGAGGCUCUGAUUGCGCUGGACGCCAGGACGGUAACAGGAAGGAUGAUUCUAGCCUCUGUCGGAAUGAUGAUGACGGUGGUGGGAUGGUUCUAUUCAUUUUUGAAGGUUAUUGGCUUGAAGUCUGAGCAGAAGCUGGACUGGCUGACGCAAGACAAUUGA